CCGUCUAGUCCUUUCUGCGGUUUAGCACUAUCCUGCAGUAUGGGCACCAUUUUAAUGGAUUCGGUUGGCUGCCCUUUUCCGGAAGGGGCGCGGGUCCUGUCGAGGGUUGUCAACUCAUACCGCGUCGAAACAAUAGUUUGCUGCAAUGUGAUGGCAGCCACUAUCACAGCACGGGUUGAAAAGACCGUUCCCCUACGGCAGUGGGUUAUUCGACAAGGGUGCAUCUUGAGGACAUAUAUGACAGGAGGUUGCACACCGAUUAUCAUCACUACGGAUUCCCUCCUGAGGCAUAAGCCAUGGUUUGCAUUAGUCGAGUGGCCCUUGGCCUUUCGUUAUUGUGCCGGUGUCUUGGACAAAACCGGUUCGUUUCUGAAAUCCCUGCGAAAGAGAAGGCUACGCUCGAACAAAUUGUGGAAGAUAAUCCAGCGCCGCCCAGAUCCGACUUGGAAGGAGGCUCGGAUUGGGAGAGUCCCGUGUAUAACCAGAUCUAUUCGAAUCCGCUUCCCGUUCCUCCGGUCAAACAACCCACGAAGAAAAUUGUUAAUCCCGUCACCGGAAAGGAGAUCUGGUACUAUGAAUUGGAGAUCAAAUCAUUCACACAGCAAGUGUACCCCGGCCUUAAGCCUGCCCGCUUGGUAGGCUACGACGGCAUCUCCCCGGGGCCAACAUUCAUUGUACCUCGAGGCACGGAGACGGUUGUCAGAAUCUUGAACAAUGCACAGAUCGAGACGUCCGUUCAUUUGCACGGGUCCCCUUCUCGUGCUCCUUUUGAUGGCUGGGCCGAGGACAUAACGAACCCGGGACAGUACAAGGACUACUACUGGCCCAAUAAUCAAAACGCACGCUUCCUCUGGUAUCACGACCAUGCCAUGCAUGUUACUGCUGAAAACGCCUACUUCGGUCAAGCUGGUUGCUACAUAAUCACCGACCCCGGUGAGGAUGCACUUGGUCUUCCUUCGGGCUACGGGCAGUUUGAUAUCCCAUUGGCACUUACGUCAAAGUUCUACAAUGCUGACGGCACCCUGAGAUCCACCGAAGGUGAAGAUGAUAGCCUAUGGGGAGACGUGAUUCACGUCAACGGGCAACCAUGGCCAUACUUUAACGUGCAACCGCGCAAGUAUCGCUUCCGGUUCCUCAACGCCGCCGUCUCGCGGUCGUUUGCUCUGUACUUUGCCAAGUCUAGCGCUGUUAACACUAAGCUACCCUUCAAAGUCAUUGCAUCUGACGCUGGACUUCUGCAGAACUCCGUCACCGCUUCUGACCUUUACAUCUCCAUGGGUGAGCGCUAUGAAGUCGUCUUUGAUUUCUCCCAAUUCGCCGGCCAGACUUUGGAGCUCAGGAACCUCGCUGAAGUCAAUGGAAUCGGCACAGAUGAAGACUUUGCCGCUACAAACAAAGUCAUGAAAUUCGUCGUGAGCAAGACUCCCGUCAGCGAUCCGUCUAUCGUACCCCCCAAUCUUCGGACCGUUCCCUUCCCACCAGCAUCCACCGGUAUUGACCAUCAUUUCCGCUUCCACCGAACCGAUUCAGAGUGGCGCAUCAACAACGUCGGUUUCGCAGACGUGCAGAACCGUAUCUUGGCCAACGUGCCACGCGGCAAGGUUGAGAUUUGGGAGCUUGAAAAUGGCUCCGGUGGCUGGACCCAUCCCAUCCACGUUCAUCUGGUCGAUUUCCGCGUGCUGUCCCGCACCAACGCCGACAAUGGGCGCCAAGUUUUGCCGUAUGAGUCUGCAGGGCUCAAGGACGUUGUCUGGCUAGCUCGCCAUGAGACCGUGCUCGUUGAAGCACACUACGCACCUUGGAACGGCGUUUACAUGUUCCAUUGCCACAAUCUCAUUCACGAAGACCAAGACAUGAUGGCGGCGUUUAACGUCUCUGCCCUCGCGAAUUUUGGCUACACGGAGGUGACGGACUUCGCGGAUCCCAUGGACCAGCGCUGGAGGGCUCGCCCAUAUGCUCAAUCUGACUACACCAGUCGGACAGGUCCGUUCAGUGACCAAUCCAUCACGGACCGCGUCAAGGAGUUGGCUCAGCAGCAACCGUAUAGCGAGUUGAGUCAGGUUGAAAGCGCCCUCGAUGAUUAUUGGGCGCAGAACAAGAAACGAAGCGCUGAUGAUUGCGAGAAGCCUGCCACUGGACCCAUUCCCCGCUACCGACGAUUCGUCGUCUGAAUUGUCCCCGCUUCGAUCGAUCGCUCACUGUAAGAUCCAUCACUCUAUAGUCUGACGCAUCUUCGUCUCCUCUAUACAUACACUUUCCCGCCACAAUCCGAUCGCUCCCAUUACUCAUGUUACGCGCUUUCUUCGUCCCACCAUCGCCAACUAUUGGAAGCGUUUUGUCACUCGCAGAAUGGUCAUUUCACUGUUUCUUGUACAUACUCAGCAACGGAUUGUUUUCUCUCCGGCAAGCACCUGUGAAACAAAGUAGGGC